UUCUCUGCAUCAGAAAACAGCUGUUCGGGCCAAUAGUUUUUUUUUGGAAAAAGUUAUUGCGGAAAACCUACAACAAACGUAGUUUUAGUGAACAAUGAGCUGGGCUGCGGGCUCCGCGUAAUCCGUACUCCGUCCGGAACCGCGUAUCACGAUGAAUCUGCGGCCGCGCUGCCGCAAGUGGCUGCCAUUGGCCACCCAGCAAUUGCGACUGCGGAACCUGGCGCGAAUUCAGGGAUUCAAUAUUGUGUCCGGGUCGCAGAAGCAUUCGUUGGAGGAGGUGGAAUCGGAGGACGUACUCCUCUACUACACUUUGCACACGGAUAAGGCCAGUGAGGCAUUCUACACCAGCGAGAAGCUGCCGCAGCGUCACCAGCAGCAAAAGUGGGCGGAGAUAUGUACGGAUGACGAGGCCUGGCGGAAAACCAAUGCGCAGUGUGUGUGUGUCAAAGUGUGGAAACACUAUCCGGCGGAAAAGAGAGUUGGCCAACCGGCUGAGACUGAUCACAGGGAUAACGAGAUAAGCGGGAGAUCCCAACUAACGCCCAGCAGGCUGCCACGUCCACCCGAACUGCUCUUCAGCUGGGGCGUCUUCUUCUCCGGCCUUAUCCCUCUGUCACCCCUCACCCUUUCCCAGUGUGGCAAAAAUUGUCUGGUUUUCCAGCUUAACGGAGAGCAGUUUGCCUCCCCGUCGAAAAUAAGUGAGCAGGGUUUGCAGACGCAACUCCAUUUGCACUACCAAAACUAUGCGGCAGAUGAGGAGCGAGAGGAGCCGCAGGACGAGGGCAUAAACUCCCCGGCCGUCAGUCGCAGUUCCAGUCCAGUCCUGCGGAUGAGCACUAUGCGUUAUGCCCAGCUAAAAUGCCAACAACAGGAGAUCCGGCGCAGUUACAACUUGGACAAACUGCUAAAGCUACAGCUUCUGCAGCGCCUACACCAGCAGAAACUGCGCCAAAUGGCCGAGGGUUGCCGGGAGAUUGCCCGACUUAGUGUGCACUGUGUGACCAGGAACGAGCUGCGCCUGAAGCCACGCACUACAUCGUUGUCCGGCGACCACUCCGCCCAUCAUCACCAUUCCAUGGGUCGUGCCCUCAGCGUCUUGCUCGCCGAGCAGCAGCAGAUAGCGCCCCUCACGCUUUACAAUGCCCAACAGCUGACCAGAAGGAUCGAGGGGCUACGCAGUCAGCAGCGACUGCUUCAAGCGGAGCGUGAGACGAUUCGGCAAAGAAACGAGCGGGCCCGUCAGCGUCUUGAAGAAAUGACGGAGCAACGGGAGGCACUGCAGCAGCAGCUACACAAUCAAAGGCAUCGACUGGAGCAAGAACGCUUGGAGCUGCGCACCCUGGCACCCCAGCACUUGGCACAGCGCGAACAAAGAAGACAGAUAGUUCGACAGGUGGAGCGUCGAAUGUCAACUCUGGUGCUGGAGCUGCAGGAGAUCUACAAUAUCCAGAAUGUCGGCGGGCAGCAGUUCAGCAUCUGCGGCAUUGCCUUUCCCCACAUGGAGCAAUAUACAAGUGAGUCGCGUCAGGCGGCCAAUGCCCAGUUGCUGGAAAACGUCUCGCCGCUGGCGGUGAGUGCGGCUCUGGGUUAUGUGGCCCACUUGGUGCAAAUGCUAGCCAUUAUCAUGGAUCGACCGUUGAGAAACCGCAUUCUGUACGAGCCAUCGAGGGCACGAAUUGUCGACGACAUCAAGGAGUUGACCUACACAACCAGAGAAUUUCCUUUGUAUACGCGCUCCAUUUUGCCGUCGCAGCAGACCAAGUAUGCAAUCUACCUUCUGCGCCAGAACGUUUCCCAAUUGUGCUUCGACAUCACCGGUCACUGCGACCUGCGUAACACCUUUGGCAAUCUGCUGGAGCUAUUUAGAACCCUUCGCUACAUCGAACGAACGCAGCGCGAUGAGGUAGACGAACGGGAUGGACCUGAAAACGGUGCUGGCAGUGGAGGAGCACGCCUGGCAAAUGGGCUGACUGCACCACACCUGUCGCAGUCGCACUCGUCGGUGGACAUGAACCACGUGCCACUGCCAACCAGCGUCAAUGCGGUCAAGGAUGCCCUGCUACAGCAACUUUUGCCCCCAGGCGUGAGUCAGGCUCUGGCCAUCGAGGGUUAUGCGUCAACGCAACGCAUCUGCCGCUCGGUUGGCUCCUAUUCGGAUGGUGAGGAUGAAUUUCGACCUCGGCUGGAACACAGCUAUUCCAACUCGGACUCCAACAUACCGCUGCAGACGGAGCGAAGCUGAGCAGAAGCAGCGCAUCCAAAUGUGUAAUAUUUCAAGCGGUUUAUAUUUAUUAUCCCAAAACAUAGGUUUUCGGAUUGGUCGCGUAUUAGUUGGAAAUCAUUUGUGUACUUUUAAAUUAUCAAAGUCAACGGUAAAACAUGCAGACCGCAGUUCAUUGCGGGCAUAUUAUUUUUAGUUGUUUAAGAUCUCUGUGUAAAUUCCCGUUUAUUGUUUGUUUGCUAAUGUAAGCUACGAAUAAACAUUUAAUAUUUUAUA